UGCACUCUGGUGGUUCUUGCAGCGGUGUCGCUGCUGCUUGACAGUCCGACUGUGGCAUCGUGGCUCAUGUGGGAUUCAGCGGAAACACUGCAAACUACUCUAUUCCCAGUGGACCGAUGGACAAUGGACACAGACGGAUUUUCCUCUCAAAAACCUUUUUCCACUUUAUGUUCCUGUUUCCCGGAUUCAGAAAGAGUUGAAACUCCGUGAACUAAUACAACUCUAUGGAGAGUUUGGAUUCAUCUUUUUUGAAGAACAUGCUGCUGUGUUCUCCACCAGAAGAACUUCAGCUCACAAUCACAUCUUGUUUAUCCCGUAUGGAAACAUGGAAUGCCACUACUGCCUUUUGAACACUGCCAAACAAGCCUCCCAAGCUCUGAAAUGUAAGCUGUGACUGCAUCGUAAAUAAAACCUGUUAUUUAGUGUAUGAUGUUCGUAAGAAGCGUAGAAUCUUUUGUUUUGUUAACUUUGACCUAAAAAACAUCUUCAGCUGAUUAUAAUGGAUGGAAACCUGAGCACUUCAGCAUCCUACAUGGUGAACAGAACAGAGCCCUAUCACGCGGCGGCGGGACCCUGGAGCCUCAUCAUACUGGUCAUCGUAAUACUGACCAUAGUGGUGGGAAACCUGCUGGUCAUCAUCGCUGUCGCUCGCACUUCACAGCUACAAACGACGACAAACAUUUUCAUCAUGUCCCUGGCGUGCGCGGACCUCAUCAUGGGGGUCCUGGUGGUGCCUCUGGGGGCCGCUAUCGUGGUGACCGGCAACUGGCAGCUCGGCGACACGUUCUGCGAGUUCUGGACUUCUGUGGAUGUCCUGUGCGUGACGGCGAGCAUCGAGACGCUCUGCGUCAUCGCAGUGCAUCGGUACAUCGCCAUCACGAGGCCGCUCCGACACCUGGUUCUGCUCAACAAGUGGCGCGUGAGGGCGAUCGUCUGCUUAGUGUGGGUCGUGUCCGCUUUAAUUUCCUUUGUACCCAUUAUGAAAGGGUAUUGGCGCGAUAAUGACGACGAAGCGGCGAGGCAGUGCUACGAAACCGAGACGUGCUGUGACUUCGUGACCAACAGGGCCUUCGCGAUCGCCUCUUCGAUCGUGUCUUUUUACAUCCCGCUGCUCAUAAUGAUAUUUGUGUACGCGAGAGUCUUUCUAAUCGCCACACGGCAGGUCCAGCUCAUAGAUAAGGAUCGCGUGCGUUUUCAGAACGAGUGUCCGGUCGCGCAGGUGCAAGUUGACCCUCGCGUGAAGAACAUCCCGUUGACGGCGUGCGCAGGCUACACCAUCUGCAGCGGCGCGGCGCGGAGGAAGAGCGUCAAGCGGAGGCCGUCGCGGCUCACGCUCGUCAAAGAGCACAAGGCCCUGAAGACUUUGGGGAUCAUCAUGGGGACCUUCACUGUGUGCUGGUUGCCGUUCUUCGUCGCCAACAUCAUCAAUGCGUUUGAAAGAGACGUUCCCUCCGAGAGGAUCUUCCGACUGUUGAACUGGCUGGGUUACAUCAACUCCGGCCUCAACCCCAUCAUCUACUGCAGGAGUCCUGAGUUUCGUGCUGCGUUCAAGAACCUGCUGGGCUGUCCGUGGUGCUCCAGCCGGUGGCUCAAUGCUUUCUACAAACAGCUGCGGACUCGCUGCUCCUGCUUUCUAUGGCGGGUCGAGUCGGGCACUGCAGCCGGGUCUUUCCAAAAGCCUCCGACUGGUAGGACUGAGGUCAGUGAGAGUCUGACCAGCACUCAUGGAAGCAGCGGAAUUGAAGAGGCUUUCCCUGAUCCUCUGCAGUCCAACGGCAGCACACAAAUCAGUGACUUAUCGGAGCCAGAAACCAAAUUCUUCACGUUGCAGGAAGAGGACGGAUGAACUGUCAAAUCAAGCUACCGAAGCAAACUGUGAUUCCUGCAAAGGCCGAGACCGAGCAACCGCGAGGACACAACCAUCGGCCGCAAUAAGCCGAGUGAAGCUGACCCCGAAGAGACCACCGUGUGGACUGGAGAGGAAACAGCUGAUUUGGUGUGGACAGGAGCGAUGAGCUGCUCCAGCUCAGCACCUCGCAGACACGGUGACAACAAAGUACCCUGAGACAAGGCGGCAAGUUGUAAAUACAUUCCAGUUAACCUUUGGUCACAGUGUAUGUGGACUGUGGUUUAAAAAACUACGGAAUAAAUCUUUAGGAAAAUACAAAAGUUGUCAAAUUGUAAUUGUAAUAUGAGCGAAAGCAAAGGGCUGAGCAUUCUGAUAUUCAAUGCUGGAGUCUGUUUUCAGCCUUUCUGUGCCCACACAAUAGUUAGCUACGUUCAGUUAUACCACAGCUAUGGAAAAUGUUCAUUUCUGAUUGCUGGCUGUUCAAAUAUUUCAUCAGGACAUCAUGCACAAACUGCCUGUCAACAGUUCACAUCAGUAUUCUAUGUGCGAGGUACAGUAUGACAAAGUGCAGGUCACCAUAACAAACACUUCAGCUCCAAGAUGUUUCCAGUAAACUCCUUACCUUCGGCAAGCGGCUAUGAAAUAAGAUCAAUCACACACUCUCACAUGUCCUAAUCAACAUCAACAGCCUCAACAUCAUCAUCUGUUGCAUUGAGAAAUAAACUAUUAUAAAACUGUGGAACAUUGGUCAGGUGUGCUCUGUGUGCAAACUCAGCACUAUGACAUACACAAAGUCCGUAAUGAUGUAAAUCAUAUUAAAAACUGAGUCCACAAUGUUGGAAUGUAAAGGCCAAAGAGUUUAUCGCAUUGCAUUAUUCUGCUUUGAACUAUCGCUGAGAGAGGACACGGAGAGCAACAGUUCGCUCUCAACAGCAAUGGCGGUUGCUGGAGAGGUUAAGGUCGAUGUUGCAAAAUAAUUCAUUAUUUCAGAACCAGACUUUUUUUUUUUAAAGAAGAGCAAAAAAUGUCAGAACCAAAAAUUACGCUGGCGGCUUUUCUCAGUGGAAAAUAUAUCUCUGUUCUUCUCCCAGACUGUGACAAGCGUUUGAUAGAUUGAUAAUUAGUGUGCAAUCAAUUACCAAUCCAAUGUAUUUUUGGAAAGUGCAUGUCCUUUUUUAAAUAUCAUCCAACAAGGGGUGGAAACAAUUAUUCUGUCUGAGGUAAAGACACUUUUCAAAGUAACUUUACCCCGGAUAACCACACGCCUGAUAUCAACCCUUGUGACUGUUAUGUCUCUGUACGUGUGUUUCUGGAUUCAACGUGUUGUUUGCCUGUAAAGGACGACUGGGCAAACACAGAUGACUGGGCACGCCGCAGAUAAUUCAACUGCAGACAUAAUGCAGUGUGAUGGGAGGAAAACAGAUCCUGCAGUCGACAGAGUGGAAGGUACAUGUUUUAAAAAGCACUUUUGUAGACACUGUUGUGUAUUUUCCAUGACACAGGAUGCCAGUUAUCAGAAUCUGUAGGUCGGAGGAAGUGCUGAGCCCAGAGGGUUACAAGGUCUCUGUGGUGAGGGGCUUGUGUGUGGAAAGUGAUCAUGUGAGGAGGGGGCUAGAAGCCCGCUCCAAGCCCUCCCAACUGAGGUGGCCGGCCUAUAGAUUUGAACAUAAACGCCUCUUUCCUUUGUCUAUAUAACAUGUAGCAAAAUGCCAUAUCGUCAGAUUUUCUCAAUUCGGUUCCUGAAAGUCUCCAGUUGUUCUAGGCGUCUGUUUUUGACCUGGAUCUUGUAGAAUAAACUUUGUAUUCU